AUGUUGUUUAAGAAUAUCAAAAAAAAUUUUGAAUCACAACUACCAGACACUCAACGUAUUGUUAGCACCUCGCGAGGCAGUCGUAGGCAGUCGAAUGUUUUGUUUGAUUAUGUUGUUCCAGCACUUGGGCAAGUCAAUAAAGAGGCAGCAAUUGACCGUUGGGAAUUACUUCAAGCUGCUGCCACUGGUAACAUAGAGUUGCUUCGUUCCAAACUUUCAAAAGGCUCAGAUGUGGAUGCCAGAAUAAGUGUCGGGGCUCAUGUUGCUGGGUUUUUUGGUAAUGUUUUCACGUACAGUGACGUUCCCAAAGAUUUACCGAACUCUUAUGUAACACCAUUGCAUUAUGCAAUUUUAAACGGUCAUCCAGAGGUAGCAGCGCUGUUGAUUUACAGGAAAGCUCAAGUCAAUGCUAAAAGUAAUCAGGGUUACACACCUUUGCAUUUGGCAGCUGGAACAGGUUGUAAAGACAUCGCUGAGUUACUAAUAGAAACGGGAGCAAACAUAAAUGUUACCAGUGCCACUGGCGUAACACCAUUACAUUUGGCUGCAGAACAAGGGCACUUGCAUUUAGUCCAGCUUUUAAUCUUAGAGGGAGCAAAGUUUAAUGAAAUGACUGAAGUAUUUGAUUUUAAAGAAGACUUAAGUCAGAAUUACACUAAAACACACUUUAUUCACCGCUGGACACCUUUACACUUUGCUAUAAAUGGAAAUCAUUUUGAUGUAGUGAAAAAAAUGCUGCACAUAGGAAUGGCUCUUGGAAUUGAUUUCAUCAGCCCUUUAGAAGUAGCAAAGGAGGAUUUCUUUCGGAGAAUCAUCAAAUUCUUCUCAUCAUUGAGUGAACCUUUAGACCCAUACAGCUUUCGUCUACUGUCUGAUCUGGCAACCAAGAAAAAGUGCUCAGAAGCAUUAACGAAAAUGAUGAAUAAAUACAGAUAUUAA